AUGAACAUGAACAGUAUGAACAUGAGCAGUACAAACACAAACAGUAUGAACAUGAACAGUAUGGACAUGAACAGUAUGAACAUAAACAAUAUAAACAUAAUCAGUAUAAACAUAAACAGUACGAACAUGAGUAGUACGAACCUGGACAGUACGAACACGAACAAAGAACGCAAACCAGCAGUGACGAAGUGCUUCUUAACCGUGCUCAAAUUAGUCCUUCACCAGCACAUUGAGCCCCGCCAAGCCACCAACACCGUCGACAACAUAAUCAUCUCAAUUAAUAUCGGCAUCAAAAAUUUAAAUGCGAACCACGGAUUAACGUCUAUCAGCGGCAACGCGUCAACAAAACAGAAAAACGCCAUUCAGCACAUUCGAUGUUCGUUGGAAAGUUUGAUGAAUGCGGAGGCAUUUAUUAGGAAUUACGCACUUGAAUAA